AUGCUAAUAGUCGGUGGUGACCAAUUCCAGGGGCACUUCCUGCUCGUGGAUAAACGCGACGACGAGUACAUAAGGACCUGCAGCAAAGUGACUCGCCGCCAUUUCCUUCGCGGGGAGCUCGUCGACAGAAGGUUAGACGGGAAGGCGGCGGCGGCGGCGGUGGCGGUGGCCGCCCGCGGGCGACGUUGGCGUCGGCUGCAAGUGCCCGGGCGCCGCCCCAGGGGGCGCAGGGAGCCGCGGCAGCAGCAGCAGCCACUGCUGCUGUGUCUUCCCACCCCCCGGAGCCAGCGGCUGUCGCAACAGCAGAGACUGCAGCAGCAGAAGAAGCAGCGGCGGCAGCAGCUUCGUCCGCGUAACGUGAACGGGUGCCUGGUGGCCGGGCUGCGAGCGCCGCACAACACCACGCAGUUCCUCAUGUGCGACGAGUACAGGCGGGAGCGCCUCCGCGUCGACCUCGCGGGGCCCGCGGCCCCCCGCGAUGCGGGUGACCUGGACGGCUACUCGCGGGCGCUGGAACGAGCCCGUGGCGGUGCCUGGGGGGGCGGCCUCGUGGUGCCCAUCUGCGUGCCCGGAGACUGGGGCUCGAGAGGAGCCGCGGGGGGGGACAGUCCCGGCUUGGCGGAGGCGAGAUACGAGCCCGCGGAUGAUGAUGACGAUGAUUGGUCGCGCACCGAGGACUUUAUGGAGCGCGACUUUGCGGCUGUGUACAGAGAAGCGGGGUGUGCGUGAGGCCCAGGGGAGAGACGCUGGGGGCGGACAGUGGCUUACUGCCACCGCAGGGACAUGCGGUGGCCACACACCUGAUGGUGGUGAUGGACCCCCCCUGUUGUGGGUGGUGAUGGACCCCCCCUGUUGUGGGUGGUGAUGGACCCCCCCUGUUGUGGGUGGUGAUGGACCCGAGGUGGCGAUGCAGACUCCUCCACGCGCCGUGUGCUGCUGCUGUUGUUACGGGAGAGUGGCUGUGUGUUUUUGAUGCAAGGCUUGAAUUGUCAUCUUUUUGGAAAUUGUUGAAUGGUCUCCACCUCCCACCCGUAUGUUGUCGUUUUUAUUUAACUUGUGAUGUUAAUUCCGUGUCCCUCCACCUCCCCCCCCCCCCCCCCCCAUGAUGAGAGGUGUGUGUGUGAGAUGCACUCGUGUGGUUGUUGCACUUGGCUGUACAAAGCUUCCGACGGGCUCCCAUGUGCGCGAAUGUUGAGGGGCUCUUGUUCAUUUGUCGCGUUCCGGACGACUUUGGCUCUCGCGGCCACCGUGUUUGUGAUGGCGAGUUGUGUGCCCGUCCUUGUAAUAAAACCGUGCAACACUCGUGGUGGCUUCAAGACGCGGGGGGAGUCUCGUGUCUGUGCACUUUUGUAAAAACAAGGUUGUGUUUUGAUUUUGCUCAAGCGAGGCCCAGAGUGGUCAUGUGCUGCUUGUACAUAAACGCGUGCAAUUGGAACGUUGUGGAUGGUUUGCGUUGUGAAUUCACCGCUGCGGUUGAUUUAACUGAAUAAAUUAUUUUGUUCCUGUAA